AUGGGCUGCAAAGGACUAUUACCCCUCGUGGUUCUUGUGAAUGUGUGGCUCAGCAUCGUGGAUGGCGAUGAUGCCGCUGACAAUGGUGAUCUGUGUUACGAUUUCAGCGAGGGUGAUGAUGUCCCUGAUCAGUAUGAAAUUAGUGCGGGGCACCCACCGACUUUGACGACCGUUUCUGGAUACAUUCCAGCAACCACAACUGCCUCCCGGAGUGGCACUUUUCCUAUUACCACUUCAAGCUCGGCCUCCAUCACACCAUUUGAGAGCACUACAUCUCCCACUCCUGUCAGCAGUAUUGCGUCAAUCGCCACCUCAAGUGGUGUGACCUUUCAAAUUCCAACCCCAGGCCAACAAGUGCCGACGAACACCUUUUCUGGAACGGUCUUACCGUCCACUGCCGGAACACCAGUGGCUAUUUAUAACCCAUCUUUCGAGGAGAUCUCCAGGGAUGGCUCUUCAUCCAAGCGCGCAAAGCGGCAAUCGGCAUUCCAGAUCGCUCCAGCCGCGGAAGGCUGGACCAUCUCAUCGUGCGGCACCGAAAAACCUCUCGGAUUGCGUCUUCCAAAAUUACGAUGCAGUCGACAGGACUUAGGCCUUUUCUGGAAGACGUAG